AGCUAACUUAGGCCAAAUCACAUCAGAGAGUGUUAUGUAGUGUGUUACAUGUUUACACAAACGGCACUACAACGAUCACCAGCAAACAUGUAGCACAUUUACCGGAGGGUUGUGCAAAAGGACUCUCCUAUUGCAAAAGGGAAUGGAUCCAAGCCGUGUGUAUUUGCUGUGUGUCCUGAUGGGCUUUAUUGCAUGUUCACCUCAGCACCCCAAUAGUACCCAUCAUCAUGACUACUGUGUACUGGGGGCAGGUCCAUCUGGACUGCAGAUGGGAUACUUCCUGUCUAGAACCCAGAGAGACUACAUCAUAUUAGAGAGGAACUCAGGCCCAGGGAGCUUUUUCACCAAAUAUCCUAGACACAGAAAGCUGAUAAGCAUUAACAAGAUCCACACGGGCAGUAAUAACCGUGAGUUUAACCUGCGUCACGACUGGAACUCUUUGCUGAGUGAUAAACCAGACUUGCUCUUUAAACGUGUGAGCAGUGAGUUUUACCCUCCAGCUGACAUGUAUCCCUUGUACCUGUCCCUGUAUGAACGAGAGCUGGGCCUGAGGGUACGAUACGGGGUAGACAUUGGACACAUCAGAGCCCUUUCAUCAGACAGUGGGAGGCAGUAUGUCCUCACUGAUCAACAAGGCUCUUCAUAUUUCUGCAGUGUCCUCCUGUUAGCCACUGGUUUGUGGGUACCUCAGAUCAUUGAGUUUGUGGGCUCAGAUCUGGUGGAGGGGUAUGAGUCCAUCUCUACAAACCCAGAGGACUACAAGAACCAGGCUGUUCUCAUUCUGGGGAAGGGAAACUCUGCCUUUGAGACUGCUCAGAGUCUGUUGGGAAGUGCUAGUCGAGUUCACAUGGUCAGCCGCAGCCCAGUCAGACUGGCCUGGCAAACACACUAUGUAGGAGACCUAAGAGCUGUGAACAAUGAGGUCCUGGACACAUAUCAGUUGAAGUCUCUUGAUGGCUUAGUGGAGAGCCACCUUGAGGAGAUUGCCAUCACUAAACAAACAGAGAAGAGCAGAAGAAACAAGAAGGAGAAGCUGUACCUGACUUUAAAUAAGUUCAUGCAGAAUGGAAACAGUAGUUCUAAUCUGAGAGCAGAGGAGCUGUCCGGCUAUCACAUCGACAACUUCUCUAUGAGGAAACCCUACGACCGUGUGAUUCGCUGUUUGGGGUUUAGAUUCAACUUUAGUAUCUUUGACAGGACUGCAUGCCCGCCCAAUAGUGAGAAUGCCAAAGGGAGGUUGCCCGCGGUGACGGCCUGGUAUGAAGGGAAAAACACUCCUGGUUUGUUUGUGCUGGGGACAGCUGCCCACUCAAGAGACUAUCGCAUCUCUGCUGGAGGCUUUAUCCAUGGUUUUAGGUACACAGUCAGAGCUGUACAUCGUGUUCUUGAACAUCGGUACCAUGGUCACCUGUGGCCCUCCACUAAACUGUCAAGCACACAGCUGAUGCCCUGGAUCCUGAAGAGGGUCAACGAGGCCUCUGGACCAUACCAAAUGGUCCAGGUGCUAGGUGACAUUGUUCUACUGCAGGGUUCUCACUGUAAAUACCUGGAGGAGUUUCCACUUCAAGCCUUGCCUCACUUUUCCUCCCUGUCUGGUCACAAAGUCACCAAUGGACUAAUAAUCCUUGUUUUGCAAUACGGAAAAACGAAAAUGGACUUUUUAGGUCGUAAUAGAGCUGAAACAGACUGGACCAAAGCUUGGAAAUCAAACUUUCUUCAUCCUGUUUUAUACUACUACGACAAACUUCCUUCUGAGGAAGAAAUGAAGCUCUGUCCACAUGGUUGGCCCUUACCAAGGCCGAAAGCUAUUCAUCACAUAGUGGAGGACUUCCUCACUGAAUGGGAUGCUCCCAUAUCUCACAUCCAACCACUGCAGCGUUUCCUGGAACACUGUGUCCAGACUGAUCUUAGACAUUUCUAUGCAGAAACAUGUUUUCGUCUAUCUUUGACCCAUCGCCAGCCACCAUUGUCCUGUCAGCUUGGAUACCUGAGAGGGCAGGGGCUAUCCCAAAAUGGACAGAUUGGACAAUCAGCCUACAACACAGUGAUAUCAUCUCCUGUUAAAAUUGAUCAUACCUCACCACAGGACAAGUCUGUAUUGUCCAAUUAUCUGAAACAAGCUGGAAUCCCCUUGUCCUCAGGAAUUAAACAUGAACUCUGAUUAUGCUGA